AUGGAAAAUAAUAAUAAUAUUGUUGGUGGUACAUCAACUACAACUACAACUACAAUAACUUCAACUUCAACAACAAAUGAUAAUGUAACAUUAACACAUGAUCAAGAAUCAUAUUUAAAACAACAAUUAUUAAAAUAUAGUAUUCAAGAAGAGAUUAUAAUCUAUUUCAAGGAUGCCGAUAGUUUGAAACAAACUUUGUUUUUAAAGUUUCUGUUUGAACAGUUGACAACCAUCCCGCUGUUGACCAACAAGGCAGCUGCCAAACAGAAAUUCCAACAACUCAUUCAUACACUGCCCAACAUUGUCAUCCAGUCACAGUUGGCAUCAAAACAAGAGACGUCGGAUCACUUUAGAAAGUUUGUGGUCAAGGUGUUUGAUGUGGCACUACGUACACCACAGGAAAAGAAAAAGGACAAGACGUUGAAAGUGUUUAAAGACCCGACACUUGACAUUAACCAAAUGAAGAAGAAGCGGGGUGAUAAACCCGACCAACACACAACCGAGGACAGAGAGAAAAUAGCAGAGGAAGAGGAAAAGGAAAAGAAAAAGUCACAAAAGGAUAUUGAACGUGAUGAAACUAUUAUGCAACUACAACGACGUCUAACUGAAAUCACUCAAGUCAUUAUUAUGAAUAUUGAAAAAAAGAAUUUACAGGCUGAAAAGGAAAAGGAAAAGAAUGGUGGUAGUGGCGACAAGAAUGCAGAGAAUGGUAUAUCUAGUCUCUUCAACGUUAUUUUAAAGACUAAACAUUUCAAAGAUCUGCCAGACGAAUAUUAUGAAUUUACAACUACCGUUAUCAAGAUUAUGUCGUUGUGGAUGGAACGAGAGUUACGCGACCCCAAACAAAUUGUAAAAUUAAAACGUUUGUAUAUGAUUACGCCGGUCAAGGCGAUUCGUGCGUCGUUGGCUAUUGCCAACCCCAUCACUCUACUCAAAGGUAUCAUUGUCAUGUUUUUGGCCAAACCAUUUGGUGCUAGAAACCUCAUCCAAACUAUCGCGUCGGUGAUGGUCGAGCUUGGCAAGACUGAUCGUGCAACCAAAGUGGCACUCAAAGCUGCAGAGACUGCUCUCAACGACCUACCUAAUCGUAAUCAUCGUCGAUUACUCAUCAACAAGAUGAAGGGAUUCACAGCCAACUCUACCCAAGUUAGUGAUCAACAGGGUACUCCUAUCGCCUACUUUAAAGAGGUACCAGAACCAAUCGUCAUUAUGCAAUACCAAUGGCCGUCGAGUCCAUCAGUCGACCCAGAGAUUAUCGCUCAACUCGAAGAACACCAUUACACAGCACUCUUUGAAUACGUAAAGUUGGAGAAACGUCGUCGCGAAAAGAAUGAUUUCAUCGAAGUGUUGGGCAAUGACGAAAUGAUCGAGAUUAUCCGAGAGUUGCUGCCCGUUCUCUAUGAACCACUCGGCAAACUAUUUUGUAAAGCAAACAUUGGUUAUCACUUUGAAAAGAUUGCUUAUUGUUUGAAAAAGAUCCUCACCGUGGCUGAAACUGGUGAGUUGGAGCCUGAUGAUGAAGAAGGUGAUUUGGAAUUAAAAAUUGAUAGUAGUUCAAUUGAUAAUGAAGAAUUAAAAUUGGAAAGACAACAUUAUUCAACAAAUACUACUCCAAAUUUAAAUAGAAAUAAUAAUAACGUCGGUAAUGGAAAUUCUGGAUUUGCUCAAUCAGUACCAAAUAGUCCAAUGCAAAAUGGUAAAGGACAAGUAAAUGGAAAUAGUGGUAGUAAUAUAUUUUCAAGAUCAUUUAGUUGGUUAAAACCAUCCAAUUGGUCAAGCCAACCAUCAUCUCCUACUACUUCAGCUACUUCUACCUCUGCUUCUACAAAUGAUGUAGAAAUUAAUGAAUCAUUAUUUGAAGAAGCUCAUUUAUCAUCAAAGGAUGUUAAAAAGAAAUUUAAAAAGGACAAGAAUCAAACCAUUACAAUGGCAGAGAGAUUAGUAUUAAUAUACGAUGCUAUUCACGAUUUGGUAGUUUCAGAUGCCAAGAUUACUCAAAAGGAAAGAGAAGAAUUAAAGGAAAAGGGUAUCAAAUCAGAGAGAGACGAAUCAGAGACUGGUCUAUUGUCACAGUCGGUUUGUUGGUUAUUAGGAUUACUUCAAUUCCUAAAGGACGAAGAGUUGGAUGUUCACACCGCCGUCUUUGACACGCUGUCACCAGAACUCAAGAAAAAGGUGAUUGACGAACUCGACCAAGUCAUUGCCUAUCGUGCUUGGAGAUUGGAAAAUGGAAACAUGGAAGCUACCAAGGCAAACAUUGAAAAGGUUGACAAUCAAGGUUUGGAUCUCAGCGAGGAAAAGGAAAAGAGUAAAGAUGAAGGACCACCAAAACCAAUCCUAGAGUACACCCCAACCCUCACCACACCAUUUAUAGAAAUUGUUCGUGAGAGAUUUACUCAUCUUGGUGAUCCAUCAAAAUAUUCUUUGGUCAAUCUUUCAAAAGUUAUCAUUUAUGAUUAUGAUAAAGAAUCAACACCUGCUGGUUUUGAUUCUCCAACUACAACAACAACAACAAUAAUAACACCAGAGAUAACAAUAGAAACAUCAACACCAACAUCAUCAGAAAUACCAACAACAACAAUCACAAUGAUGACCAACAACCCAACACUUCCAUUUAGCAUAAUCGAAAAGAUUGUUAGAUAUUCAUGGAAUAGUUACAAACAACUUGUCAAACGAGUUGCACUACCUUGUCAAGAUGAAGAAAGAUCAAUACAACAUAGACACUAUUCAAAUCAGUAUUUUCUGUUGGGUAAAUCAAUCAAAACUCUCACAAUCGCGAUGCCAAGCGGUUGGAGCGACAAAUGUUGGGAUUGUCUUGUUCUCUAUUCAAAUAUUGUACAAUGUUUGGAAUUUGGACCCAUAACCGGCUACUAUCCUUUUAAUUUGCCAAGCCCCGACAAACUAUUUCUCUCACUGUCUCGGUUACAAUCUCUGACUUCGUUGGAUAUGUCACAAUGGAGCCUUGACUGGGUCGGUGCAAGAGGGCUCACCCAACUAAAGAAUCUACCACUUCAAAGGCUAUACUAUAUCCACAAAUGCAAUCAAUUUCUAUUUCAACAACAAAAAGAGGGUGACGACGACAAUCCAUGUACGUGGCCACUUUCAAGGUCAUUAGAAGCAGUAUCGAUCAACUCGUUUGAUGUCAUUCCAAUGUUGGGUCGGUUACCAAAACUCAGACAUCUAAGAAUCAUUAUAGAUGAAACAGGUUCAUAUGGUAUUGCGAAAUUGACUAAUCAACAAAUCAAAUCAAAACUUCCCAAACGUAUCACCAAACUAUCAUUCACCGACUCGAAUAUUGCCAAAAUCAGCAAAUACAAUCCUCAAGUCAAGGAACUGGCGUUAUUACCCGACAUCAAAACUCUCACAGAGUUUAGCCAAUUUAAUUUACCCCAUGAUUAUGAUCAUCAUGACCACAACAUCGAAAAGAUCUCUAUCAUAGUGGCUACCAACAAUAUUAACUGGCACUUCCGUCCUACGAUCUCUCAACUUUGCAACCUUCAAUUUAUUGGAACCUUUUACAAAUAUGUUUCAACAAAUAGUAGUAGUAGAAUAGUACAUCAUAAAUCGGUUUAUAUGAGAAAUAGAAAGAGUGUCUUAGAACUCAAUUAA